AAGAUUGCUUGUAUCUCAAUAUUUACAGUCCAAAUAUAGCUCCGAUAGAUCCAUAUCCUGUAAUGGUUUGGAUACAUGGAGGUGGUUUUGUUGGCGGCAGUGGAAAUGAAGAAUCAGCCGGACCCGAAUAUUUAUUAAAAAAAGACGUUAUUUUGGUUACAUUAAACUACAGACUCGAUGCCUUAGGUUUUCUCUCUCUGGACACAGAAGAUAUACCUGGUAAUGCUGGAAUGAAAGACCAAGUGGCAGCGUUAAGAUGGGUCAAAAAAAAUAUAAAAAAUUUUGGUGGUGAUCCUGAUAACAUAACUUUAUUCGGUGGGAGCGCUGGAGCUGCAUGCGUCUCUUAUCACUUAGUAUCUCCUAUGAGCAAAGGUUUAUUCAAUAGGGCGAUUACGCAAAGUGGCACUAUGACAUCGUGGUUUCCGAAAACGUUUAGAGCUAAGGACAGAGCUUUAUUACUUGCCAAAGAAUUGGGAUGUACUUCAGAAGACGAACAAGAAAUUGCUAAAUGCCUCAGAGAGCAGCCGGCUGAAAACCUUCUUAAAAGACAAAUACCUAUAUCAUAUUGGCAGGCUUCAAAGGAAGCGCAAAAUGUAUUCUACGGUAUCGUUUCAGAAACACAGUUUGGAGAUAAUGAAAGAUUUUUCUACGGAGAUCCGUUUGAAGUCCUCCGGAACGGAAUUCAUGAGGGACUUUCGGUUAUAAGCGGUUACGUACCCGAUGACGGAAUACUAUGGCUUGCAGCAGAUGUUGAAUAUGAAAAAGUAUUUGAGCAAGCUAAUCAUUUCUUAGAAUUUUUCGUGCCUGAACCGUACACUGUCAAUCUUCCAUUGGUAACCCAAAUGGAUAUAGGGGAAAAGUUUAGAAAUUUUUAUUUACAUAACAAAACAGCUUCAAAGGAGACUUUAGAUGAUCUGGUUAAGUUCUUUGGUAUGGAAUUAUUUAUAUAUGGAGCAAUAAGUCAACAGAAAAUCAUUGCUAAGGGAAAUGAAAAUAAGGCGUAUUUAUAUAAAUUUACUUGUAAAUCAGAAUUAAAUUUAGUUGUACACUUUUAUGGAUUAGGACAUCUUUUCGAGCACAGAACAGUAGUAGGUCAUGGUGACGAUGGAGCUUAUAUUUUUUCAAACUUUAAAGUGGAUAAUAUGCAGCCAAGUACAAUUAAAAUGAUUGACCAAGUAACAACACUGUGGACAAACUUUGCCAAAUACGGUGAUCCAACACCUGAUGAUAGUUUAGGUGUAAAAUGGCUUCCGUACACGAUAGAAAAUGAAGACUAUUUAGAUAUUGGCGAGGAUCUAGUUCCUGCGACACACCCAGAAAAAGAAGAGCUGGAAUUUUGGGAGAGUAACUUUAAGGAAUUUUUACCAGAAUUUGUUCCAUAAGAAAAGAUUAUAAUUUUAGUAAAAAUGUAAGCAAAUACAUACAUAAUAUUGUUU